UUUUCUACUCAGCCCUCACCUGAUCCUUGCAAAUCCCACCUCCUCCUGCUCUCUCUCUCUCUCUCCCUCCCUCCCUCCCGCCCGCCUCCUCCUUUAUCUAUCUGGCAUCCCCUGUAGCUCAUCAUUUUUCUUUCCCUUUUUUUUUUUUUAUCCUUCUUUGAUGACUAGAUAUUCCUCAAUGUCAAAUCUUUCAGGGUUUUCCAAACAGCUCUUAUCACGCUUUAUAUGAUCAAUCAACAAUAGAACUGCCCCUAAACAAAGGAGGCAUAUUUAUACAUAUAUGUACGUUUAUUUUUUCGUUAUUUAGAAGAGAAAAAUAAAAAUGGGAAUUUGUUAUUCAUCAAUCGGGAAAAAGAGUCGGGAGAGGGAGUGGAAGAGUAAGAAUGAUGAUGCUGCCAAGAUUGAUUUGAUGUUGAGGAAAGCUAACAGUGGGUCCACUGAUUUCGUCUCUUUUAUUAGCAAGAUUAGUGGUGGUGGUGGUGGAGGAACUGCUUCGGCGGCGGAGGAGCGUGCCCUUCAUCAGAUUCCGGGGAGGUUAUUUGCCAACGGUGCCAGCUCCGUCGCCAGCUUAUACACCCAGCAAGGCAAGAAAGGGACCAAUCAGGAUGCCAUGAUCGUUUGGGAGAAUUUUUGUUCGAAAACCGGCACGAUCUUUUGCGGGGUAUUUGAUGGUCAUGGUCCGUAUGGACAUGUGGUCGCGAGGAAAGUUAGGGACUGUCUACCCCUAUUGCUGCGGAAGGAGUGGGAGUCUACUACUGCCAGCACUGCUGAUCAAGGUUCUGGCAAGAUCGAGAAUGGAGACUCUACAGGAAGCACUCACUUUGAUGAAAUCUUGGAUGAUGAAUGCUGUGAAUUGCCAGAUAAUGAGGCUACUGAGAAAUUCCCCGAAAUUCAUCAGCUGCUCAGGAAGUCCUUCUUAAAGGCUUUCAGGCUAAUGGAUAAGGAACUAAAGUUGCAUCCCACAGUUGACUGUUUUUGCAGUGGAACAACUGCUGUUACCUUGGUAAUGCAGGGCCAAGAUCUAGUACUCGGAAAUGUUGGUGACUCAAGAGCAGUAUUGGCUACCAGAGAUAAAGACAACUCAUUGAUGGCUGUACAGUUAACUGUAGAUUUGAAACCCAAUCUUCCUAGAGAAGCUGCUAGGAUCCAGAAAUAUAAAGGGAGAGUUUUCGCCCUGCAAGAUGAGCCAGAGGUGGCCCGCGUAUGGCUGCCCAAUAGUGAUUCACCUGGUUUGGCAAUGGCAAGAGCUUUUGGAGAUUUCUGUCUGAAGGAUUUCGGUUUAAUUUCUGUCCCGGAUGUUUAUUACCACCAGAUAACUGAGAAGGAUGAGUUUGUGGUUCUCGCCACUGAUGGGGUCUGGGAUGUCCUUUCUAACAAGGAGGCUGUGGAUGUUGUUGCUUCUGCCCCUAGUCAUGCUACAGCAGCAAGAGCUCUUGUUGACUGUGCUACUAGAGCGUGGAGGCUCAAAUACCCCACAUCAAAGAAUGAUGACUGUGCUGUUGCCUGCCUUUUCCUCGAACAUGUAGUUUCCUCUAAUGCAGCUCAGGCACAAAAUGGCUUGAUAAAAGAACCUGAAGAGGAAGCAACAAUAUUAGCCGGCACUGGUGAUUCAAGGAUUUGUAAUGUCACUGAUGUUUCAUCAGCAUCUCAGGAAAAUCCAAUUGAAACUUCAAAUGCCGUGGGAGAGAUAGAGCAAAUUGUCGAGUCGACAGAGGAAAAGCCUCCAGAAAAGAAUCUAGGUCAGUCUAAAAGGAGCCUAGCUGAGUGCCUUUCGACUGCGGAGGAUGAGGAAUGGUCAGCCCUUGAAGGCAUUACCAGGGUUAAUAGUCUUCUCAGUCUUCCAAGGUUCUUGUCCAUGGAUAAGAGAUCAGCCAGUUGGCGAAAGUGGUUAUGAAAUAUCUCUCAGGUGUUUGAUCAAAAUGAAAUGUUUCGGUGGCAUGGUAAUUCUAUUGCAGCUAGUUUUAUUCUAUAGUACAAGGUACAUGUGUGAUCGGAUAGGGGUAAGAGUACACCUUUUUGAGCAGCCAAUGCAACUCAAAUGUAUCGUAAAAGAUUGGAUGGCUGGAUCUCACGAGUUCAGGUUCCCAAAAAACUAGUGUGUUGUGUAAUUGCUUUUUAGUGUUGAAUUUACAGUGAAUUGGUAGGAAAUUUUUGUACUUAAUGCUGAUUUUUUUUUUUAGUUAUUGCAGAAACAGUGUAUAUAAUCUCUUUUCUGAA